AUGGUCAAACUUGCUGAGUUUUCUCGAACAGCCACGUUCACGUGGUCACAUGACAAAAUCCCAUUGUUGGUCUCUGGCACUGUGUCAGGCACCGUGGACGCCAAUUUCUCCACGGAUUCGUCUCUAGAGCUGUGGUCUCUGCUGACCACCGACUCGGAGAAGCCCGUGGCCUCUUUACAAGUCGACUCUAAAUUCAAUGACUUGGACUGGUCUCAUAACAACAAAACCAUUGCCGGUGCUCUAGAUAAUGGUACUUUGGAAUUGUACUCUGUCGGUGACGCCCACGAUACUAUUGUCUCCACGGCCAAGUUUAGCAACCAUUCUUCCUCCGUGAAGACCGUAAAAUUCAACUCUAAGCAGGACAACGUUCUAGCCUCUGGUGGUAAUAAUGGCGAGAUUUUCAUCUGGGACAUGAACAAAUGCACCGAAUCUCCCUCCAGCUACACUCCCUUGACCCCGGGCCAAUCGAUGUCGUCUGUUGACGAGGUCAAUUCCCUGGCGUGGAACCAAUCUCUGGCCCAUGUCUUCGCAUCUGCCGGGUCGUCUAAUUUUGCAUCUAUUUGGGACUUGAAGGCUAAAAAGGAAGUCAUCCAUCUAAGUUACACCUCGCCCAACUCAGGCAUCAAGCAACAACUAUCUGUUGUCGAAUGGCAUCCAAAGAACUCCACAAGAGUGGCAACCGCUACGGGCAGUGAUAAUGAUCCAUCUAUCCUUGUCUGGGAUUUAAGAAACGCAAACACUCCCUUGCAGACUUUGAGCCAAGGUCAUCAAAAGGGUAUUUUAUCUCUAGACUGGUGCCACCAAGACGAAAACCUGCUGCUGUCCAGUGGCAGAGACAACACCGUGCUACUAUGGAACCCUGAAUCAGCUGAACAACUGUCUCAGUUCCCAACCCGUGGUAAUUGGUGUUUCAAGACCAAGUUCGCACCAGAGGCUCCCGAUCUAUUUGCCUGUGCCUCCUUUGACAAUAGGAUUGAGGUUCAAACUCUUCAAAAUCUAACAAAUACUUUGGACGAACAAGAAUCUGAAACUAAGCAACAAGAAUCUGACACUGAUUUCUGGAAUAAUGUGUCUCGAGAGGAAUCGAAGGAGAAACCUACCGUUUUCCAUUUACAGGCUCCAUCUUGGUAUGGAGAACCAUCCCCAGCGGCCCACUGGGCUUUUGGUGGUAAACUGGUCCAAAUUACCCCCGACGGUAAGGGUGUUUCCAUCACAAACCCUAAAGUGUCAGGUUUAGAGCCAAACACCGCCCUGAGUGAAGCAUUGAAAUCUAAGGACUUUAAACCAUUGAUAAAUCAAAGAUUGGUUAAAGUUAUUGAUGACGUCAACGAAGAGGACUGGAACUUAUUGGAAAAGCUAUCCAUGGAUGGCACCGACGAGUUCUUAAAAGAAGCUUUUGCAUUCGACAACGAUGACUCUGAUGCGCAGGAUGAUGCUGCCAGCGAUAACCAAGAUGACGGCGAAGAGUUCUUCCAACAAAUUGAGACCAACUUUCAACCCAAGAACAACUUCACUUUGGCUGAUAACAUCGAACACACCAUUUCUAAGAAUUUGGUUUCUGGUAAUAUCAAAAGCGCAGUGAAAAACUCUUUGAAAAAUGACUUGUUAAUGGAGGCCAUGAUUAUUGCAUUGGACUCGAAUGAUGAAAGACUGAAGGAAAGCGUUAAAAGUGCUUACUUCACCAAGUAUGGCUCCAAAUCAUCAUUAUCGAGAAUACUAUACUCCAUUUCUCAAAAGAAAGUGGACGACCUGGUUGAGAAUCUGGAUGUUUCCCAAUGGAAAUUAAUUUUUAAGGCCAUCCAAAACUUGCAUCCAAAUGACGUAACUCGGAAAAAUGAAAUGUUAAUCAAAUUGGGUGACAGGUUGAAGGAAAACGGUCAUAGACAAGACUCAUUGACCUUGUACCUGGCUGCUGGUUCAUUAGAUAAAGUAGCCUCAAUUUGGUUGGCAGAGUUCUCAGAUUUAGAAGACAAAUUGAAAGAGGACAGUAAGACAGUUUAUGAAGCCCAUUCUGAAUGCCUAACUGAAUUCAUUGAGAGAUUCACCGUCUUCUCUAGUUUCAUCCAUGGCAACAUCACCAUCAAUAAUGAACAACUGAUUUCUAAAUUUUUGGAAUUUAUUAAUUUGACUACUUCCACAGGUAAUUUUGAACUAGCCACCGAAUUCUUGAACACUCUACCAAGUGAUAACGAAGAAGUUAAAACAGAGAAGGCCCGUGUUUUGACUGCCUCUGGUAAAUCCUUGGCAGUGCAAAACGCAACAGCAACAGCAACAAGAAAGGGCAAAUACGCAAACCCCAAGGUUAAUAAGAACGUUCCGGUACCCCCAACUUCUGGAAUGCCAUCCACUACGUCUAUUUCUGGUAUGCAAACUCCAUAUUAUGGAGUGACGCCAGCCACUGGCGCGGGUGCUCCAAAACCUUAUGUCCCAACUGUCACUGCAGCUGUUCCUGUUCAUACAGACGGCAAAUAUGCCCCACCACACCAACCUUCAAUGGCCUCGCCUUUUGCUAACAGAACCAAUAGCUCUACGAGAUUAAACUCGUUCGCUCCUCCACCUAAUCCAUAUGCUACCGCAGCAGCAGCUUCAACGACAACCACAUCAGCUCCAACAUUUCCACAAAACUCUUUUGCUCCCAUUCAACCUGGAAUGCCUAUCAUGAAUGAUUUCAACGCUCAGUCUAGUUCCAUCCCUCCACAUUCACCAAUUAACGCUGUAUCGGGUCAAACGCCACACCUCAACCGUAAGGCCAAUGACGGUUGGAAUGAUUUACCAUUGAAGGUCAAGGAAAGACCGUCCCGUGCUAAAGCUGUAUCCGUUGCACCUCCAAAUAUUCUAUCAGCUGCAACUUCAUCGAACGGUGUUCCUACAUAUGCUGCUAAUACCAUGCCUCCACCUCCACUUUCAAGAGCUCCAUCUUCUGUGUCAAUGGUAUCUCCACCUCCACACAAGUCGUCUAGAGUUCCAUCGUUGGUUGCAACAUCUGAGUCACCAAGGGCAUCUGUUUCAAAUCCAUAUGCUCCCUCUCAAUCAACACAACAACCCCCUGUAGGAAUUCCAUCUCUAAAAAGCCCAACUCCAACUCCUAUUCAACCACCAUCAUCUAACCCAUAUGCUCCUCCACUACAACCAAGAGUAGCCACACCAUUGACUUCAGGUGUGCCUUCAACUUCUUUACCAAAGGCUUCCAAUCCAUAUGCGCCAGCUGCCGCAGCUCAGCCAAAUGGAUCGUCCUAUCCUUCAACCAAUGCAUACUCGAAUAACCAUACCAUGACUCCUAUAGCCUCUCAGCCUCCUAUUUCCAAUAAGGGAGCCGCUGGCCCACCUCCAGUUAGUAUGAAGAAGAGGAGCAACAAAUUGGCCAGUAUAGAUCAAAAGCCACCUCAGGCAGCUGCUUUUCCUCCAUCACUUUCAAGUUCAGCCUCUCCGCUACAAACCUCCCAACCGCCAACACUGGCUACACCAACCAACACGUCCACUGAGAAUGUGAAUAAUGAAGUCCCAGCAGAUCAGCAACCUAUUGUUGACUUUCUAAAAGAAGAAUUGGCUCGCGUGACACCUUUGACGCCAAAGGAGUACACAAAACAAUUGAAGGACUGUGAUAAAAGACUAAAGAUCCUUUUCUACCAUUUAGAAAAGCAAGAUUUGAUAACUCAACCAACAAUCGAUCGUCUACACGAUUUAGUCGCACUAAUGAAAGAAAAGAAAUAUAAAGAAGCUAUGGCCGUCCACGCGGAUAUCGCUACAAACCAUGCCCAAGAAGGUGGUAACUGGCUAACAGGUGUAAAGAGAUUAAUCGGCAUAGCCGAAGCUACUCUAAAUUAA